CCUCGCCACAUUUGCCUCUGCUCAUAUACCCUGCUCAACAUUAUGUCCAAGCGAACAGCAUCACCACCUCAAGGCGGAGCUCUAGUGAAGAGGACACGAUCCUCGUCUCCACCGACGAACCAAAUCGCGAUCUCUUCCUCCAAUGACGAACGACAGCAGGCACUAAUUCGAACAGUGCAGCGAACGAGCAGUCUUGAAGCUCCCAUUGUUAGUCUCAGCGGAUCGCAUGGGGCAGAGAUUCUAAGCUGUAGGUUCGACCCUACUGGCCAAAAUAUUGCGGCUUGCUCUGCAGAUCGCAGCGUUUCCCUUUGGCGAACAUAUGCGCCGAACACCAACUAUGGACUACUCGCGAACCUACACAAGGCUCCCAUCCUCGACCUUCAAUGGUCGCUUUUCUCUCCUUUGCUGUAUACUGUUUCAGCGGAUCACACCCUGAACGUGACAGACCUCACUACUGGUCAGCGCAUACGCAAGCUACGCGCUCACCGAGGCAUUAUCAACUCGCUUGACAGGACAAUGGCCGGUGGAGCAGGCACCGAGUUGGUGGUGACGGGUGCAGAUGAUGGGACGGUGAGGGUCUGGGAGGGUGGAGAUGAGGGCCCUAAGACACCGAUAAGCGUGUUCGAGCUCGGUUGUCCAGUCACGUCUGUGUGCUGGAGUGCAGAUGGCGCGAACAUCUAUGCAGGCGCGCUGGACAACGAAAUCCAUGUUCUGGAUUUGCGCAAAAAUGAGCAGGUGUACAGCCUCACAGGACACACGGACACGCCGACCUCGCUGUCUCUGUCACCUAACGGGUCUUUCCUGCUCUCCCCGUCGUUCUCUUCCCAGACCGUCAUCCACGAUGUCCGGCCGUUCUCGCCGUCGCCUGCGCGUAUUCACCGCGUACUGAUGGGUGCGCCCGCCGGUUUUGAGAACACCUUGUUGAGAGGCGCGUGGAGUAAGGACGAUAACGGUCGGCGCGUCGCAGUUGGCGGAGCAGAUCGCACAGUCUGCAUAUGGGAUGUCGAGAGCGGAAAAGUGCUGUACAAGCUACCUGGUCACAAGGGCACUGUAACCGCGGUUGACUUCCAUCCAAAGGAGCCCAUCAUUCUAACGGGAAGCAAGGACGCGACAAUGCUUUUGGGAGAGAUUGAGCCCAGCUUGCCUUUGUGACCUCCAUUUUUAUUGGACGCUUACUGCAUGGAGUGCAUGCUCACAGCACGAAUGACUGACGCCUGGACACCUCGACAUGUUUUCUUGCGAAAAUCUAAUGCAUGAUCCCAGUGUAGAUAAGAUGAAUCAUUGUCGGGCCAGAUAACGAAUACGAAUAUCGAUGUAGCUCCCAGAGAUGGUUAGUGCUUACAUCCUCAAUCAAGUGGCGCCCACUACUCCUUUCCAG